GUUCUUGUAUACGUAGUUCAAUUGCACUAAUGUUUACUGGCACGUUCUUGUACCUUGUGUGUGCAAUUUUAAAUUCCACUCUUUGUUUUAUUCCUCUAGGUCUUAAUCGGUUCAUUUCUCUAACCUCUAAUACUUUAAUUAAUCUUCCCCAUUUUUGUAAGGCGAUUUCUCUUGUAGAGAUACCAUGUUUAAGCAUCACAAUGUGCACAUUUUAAAACAGAUCAUUCGAAAAUGUUCAACUGAAAGUGUAUAUGAUGUGAUAGUUGUCGGUGGUGGUCAUGCAGGCACAGAGGCGUCAGCAGCUGCCGCACGUAUGGGUGCACGUACCUUGCUAGUAACACACAAAAAGGAAACCAUCGGUGAGAUGUCGUGUAAUCCUUCUUUUGGUGGCGUGGGAAAGGGUCACUUAAUGAAGGAAAUCGAUGCAUUAGACGGCGUGUGUGGUCGAAUUUGUGACUUGUCAGGUGUCCAGUAUAAAGUCCUUAAUAAAAGCAAAGGGCCUGCGGUGUGGGGACCAAGGGCCCAAAUUGAUAGAGAACUGUAUAAGUACCAUCUACAAAAUGAACUGUUUGGAAAUACGCCAAAUUUAGAGAUACUAGUAGGGUCAGUCGAAGAUCUAAUUACAAAAAAUCCAUGCACGAUUAAUCGCAGAAAUGUUUUUGAUUGUGGAGGGAUUGUUUUAAGUGACGGAAAGAAAAUUAAAUCUCAAUGUGUUCUGCUUACAACAGGCACAUUUCUUAAAGCGUGUAUUAACAUUGGUCCAGAAAAAAGGCCUGCAGGUCGAAUAGGCGACGUAUCGUCAAUUGGUCUGGCCAAUACUUUAGCCGGGUUGGGUUUGAAAAUGGGAAGAUUAAAAACGGGAACUCCUCCAAGGCUUCAUGCCAAUUCUAUAGACUUUUCAGUCUGUGAUAGGCAAUUAGGCGAUGAUCCUCCUGUGCCGUUUUCGUUUAUGAACGAAAAGGUGUGGAUAAAGGCAGAAGACCAAAAGCUGUGUUACAUAACUCACACGACUGCCGCUAUUGAGAGUAUCGUUAAAGAUAACAUUCACGUGAAUCGACAUGUACGAGAGGAAGUUCGUGGACCUAGGUACUGCCCUAGUAUAGAAUCGAAAGUUUUACGUUUUGGAGGACGAAAGCAUCAAGUAUGGUUAGAGCCUGAAGGGAUGAACAGUGAUAUAAUUUAUCCUAAUGGUUUAUCUUGUACUUUACCUGAGGAAUUGCAGGUGAAGCUAAUUCGUACCAUUCCCGGUUUAGAAAAAGCUGACGUUGUAAGACCAGGGUAUGGUGUGGAGUAUGAAUAUGUAGAUCCUCGCGAAUUACAGAACACGUUACAAUUAAAAUGCGUGAAAGGAUUGUUUCUCGCAGGUCAAAUAAAUGGAACAACCGGGUACGAAGAAGCGGCAGCUCAGGGUAUAAUAGGUGGCAUCAACGCUGCGGCUCAGGCCUUAGGUAAAGUUCCAUUGACUGUAAGUCGCACUGAAGGCUACAUCGGUGUGUUGAUUGACGAUUUAACUACCCAAGGCGCGACGGAACCAUAUCGUAUGUUUACGAGUAGGGCAGAAUUUCGACUCACCUUACGUCCGGAUAAUGCAGAUCAGAGAUUAACUAGGAAAGGUUUUAAUGCGGGCUGCGUCAGUAACGAACGGUUUAACAGAAUGCGGUACAUUGAAGAGAAAUUAAACGAAGGUGUUAGUGUGCUAAAAGAUAUAAAGAAAACGUCGUUAUCUUGGAGGAAUCUACUUCACAUCGCAUCUUCGCCAAAUAAUCAACAAAAAAGUGCUUUCGAAAUGUUGGCGUAUUCCACAAAAGAUUAUGUAACUUUAGAAAUGUUGGAGAAAGUAUGCCCAGAAUUAAAAAUUUUCGCGGAUGACAAGUUAAUCGCACAAAGAUUGAAAGUGGAAGCAUUAUACGAAUCUGCAAUAGCCGAACAGGCAGAAGACAUUGAAGAAAUGAGGAGGGAUGAAGCUUUAGUUUUACCUUAUGAUCUUGAUUAUACAUCUGAUGGUUUAAAUUUGAGCUAUGAAGAAAAAGAGAAGCUAUUAGCGGUACAACCACAAACGAUCGGCGCGGCCAGUAGGAUACCAGGUAUCACGCCAUCUACAGUUUUAAGACUUUUGCGUUUUGUUAAAAAUAAUAAUAGUUCCUGUAAUCAUGCGUUUGCAACUUAAUAAAUAAUUAAUUUAUUGUA